AUGGGGACUGUACCGGAUCCUCUGAGAUCUGCUAAGCUUUCCCUGGUCACAGCUUCUGCAGAGGAGGACUACGUGGGAGACCUGCAGUCUGCUAAGCACCAGCCCCAACUACCCAGCAGAGAGAGGGACAGCAAUGGUGUCCCGUGCACACCGUCCAGCUCUGCUGGAGUUUGCUCAUUCAACCUGAAAUGCACAGCAGCUGCCAGCACGCAGAGGUGCCAGCAAUGCCGCGAAGACGAUGCUAGCGAGCAGGAAGCCUUCCCUCUCAGGCUCACCAGCAAAGCUGCAGAGGGCCAUCCUGCAGCCAUAGAGCCUGCUGGUUGCCCCCGGCCAGCAGGCAGCCAGGGACCGGCAGCACCAGCCCCCACUGCAGCAGGAGCCCCCUUGGUGGGGUGGAGGCCAGAGAUGAUGCCAGCCCCCCAGAGCUCCCGGCAGUUUGUGCAAGGCAGCCAGGCGAAAACCAGCUCCCUGACGCAAAUGGAUGACUCUGCCUUGAAGCCUCAGGGGACUGAUGAUCAGCCAGCACUUGGGGUGUUAAAUUAUUCUUCCCCGGGCGACCCUGUUAGGGGUAAUGAGUCUUGUCAUACUUCUCAGGCAAACCUUCUGCAAAGAGGGGAAAAAGACAGGGGAGCAGAAAAAAAUGGUUCUGCUGCGUGUCAGCCACCCUCACCAGGGAGGCACACCAAAGCCGACCUGGGGAGAGACCCACAGACCAGUUUGGAGGCAAAAGGUGGGGCUGCAGACACCAUGCAGCUGCAUCCCACAGAUAAAACUGAAGGAGUGCAGAGCAGUGAGGCACCAGCCCAACCUAGCCACGGAAGUCCGCAUCCCGUACACAACACGGAUGCCAAGCCAGGGAGUCCAGGCCUCACCCAGCUCUCCAAAUUCAGAGAAACGGGUACAAUGACGGUUCAGUCAGACAGCAGGUCUUUAACUCAGGAAGCAGAAAGCAGGACAUGGCGAGAUGCUGAGGUUCAGGCCGUGGCUACAGUGGAGAACAAAUCGGCCUCCACCAGCCCCAGCAUCCUUGCUGCCUUCUUAAAAGGGAAUCUUCCUGCAGAGGAGAAGGAAGAACUGCACAUCAUUUACCAAGGAGGUAUGGGGCUGAGCCAGUCUGCACUUACUGACAGUUUCUCCUCACAACAGGAGUCCCCACGUUCUCCUGGUACCACGUCAAAAUCGACUGUUGUUACAACUGUGACUGCUCCAGCCCAAACCCAGCCUGUCAAACUGCCUGGGGUCCCAUCUGAUGUGGUGUCUCUGGUGUCAGUAGAUAAUGCAAAACCUGCUUCCCCCUUCUCCCCUGCAGCCAUUACCUCCCAAGGGACAUCUGUGAGUAAUGCUGAAAUGAUCAGCGUAGCCUGUGACAGCAAGGAUGCUGCUCAGCUGCUGACGGAUGCUCCAGUCCCACCAAAGCCAAUCCCUGUUGAGCAGCUUACAGUUAACUCCAGUAAUCAAACUCCAGCACAGUCUGGGUCUGGCACUGGUCAGCCAAGCACCACUUCUGCUGCCGCUGCCCCAGAAACUGAGAACAAUGGGCGAGAUUUCAUCCACGAUGCGGGAAGCGGCCGGUUACCUUUACUCUGUAGCACAGACAGUGAAGUCAAGCAGAAGGAGAGCCUGGGCAGCUCUGAGCCUGAGCCUGUGCAAUGUAAAGGUGCGAGUCAAGGGGAGGCUGUUCCUUAUCCAUCUGUGGUAAAACCAAAGGAAGAAAACUCCAUGGUGCUUGAUCCUAAAGGAGGUAUGCAUACUAGCAGCGAGCCUGCUGCUGUCCACAUAAAGUUGUGCACGGAGGACACAGGUGAAAAGGGGGAGAGCAGAGGCCCGGGAGACGCUGGCCAGGCUCAGACGGUCGGUGGCCAGAGCCUGCAGGCAGGACUGACACCCAAGUUGAGUGUGAGCUCUGCACGUCUCACUCCUCCCUUGGAGGCAUCGGCGGCUCCCCAGCAGCAAGGCCUCCAGGCCCAGGAGUCCAGACGUGAGCUUCACACAGCAGCUCUUCCUGCUUCAGCUCAGGCCUUGCCAAACCUGGGGGGAAACAAAAAGCAGCCCACCCCGGCCAUGGAGGCAAAAGUGCAGGUCAAGCAGUCCAAGCACGUCAGGGAUGUUGUUUGGGAUGAGCAAGGCAUGACGUGGGAGGUUUACGGUGCUUCCCUCGACCCAGAAUCCCUGGGAAUUGCCAUCCAGAACCACUUACAGAGACAAAUACGGGAACACGAGAAACUGAUCCGGGCCCAGAACAAUCAGACCCGGAAAUCCAUUUCCUCGGAUACCUCCUCUAAUAAAAAACUGAAAGGGAGGCAGCACAACGUGUUCCAGUCCAUGCUGCAGAAUUUUAGGCGUCCUAAUUGCUGUGUCCGACCUGCUCCCUCUUCUGUGUUAGACUGA